AUGAGGAACGGAGGUGGAAGAACAAGGCGAAUCAGAAGACGAAAACUCUUCACAAGUUCUGAAUCAAGAGGAGUGAAUGAGAGCUACAAGCCUGAAUUUAUAGAGCUUAAGAAGUGGCUGAAAGAUAGGAAGUUUGAAGAUACAAACUUAAUACCUGCUCGUUUUCCAGGUACAGGAAGAGGGCUGAUGAGCAAAACAUCCCUGCGGGAGGGACAGAUGAUUAUCUCAUUGCCUGAGAGUUGCCUGCUCACCACGGACACAGUGCUUAGAAGCUACUUAGGGGCGUAUAUUGCUAAGUGGCAGCCUCCUCCAUCUCCUGUGCUGGCUCUUUGCACCUUUUUAGUUUCAGAAAAGCAUGCUGGGGACCGGUCUCCCUGGAAGCCUUACCUGGAGGUUUUGCCCAAGGCCUACACCUGCCCUGUUUGUUUGGAGCCAGAAGUGGUGAAUCUUCUUCCCAGACCUUUGAAAGCAAAGGCCAGAGAGCAGAGAACCCACGUGCAGGAGUUUGUUUCUUCCUCCAGAGACUUUUUCUCUUCCCUGCAGCCUCUGUUUUCGGAGGCUGUCGAGAGCAUCUUCAGCUACAGAGCCCUCCUGUGGGCUUGGUGCACCGUCAACACCAGGGCUGUGUACAUGAAGCGCGCGCCAAGGCAGUGCUUUUCUGCAGAGCCGGACACCUGCGUGCUCGCCCCGUUCCUCGAUCUGUGCACUGGCGGGGCCUGCGCUCAUGCUGUCCUCUUCGUGACCCACGCCACCCUGAGAAGCCCACGUGCCCACGAGAGGAGAGUAAAAGCAGCAUUUAAUGAGGAAACUCGCUGUUACGAAAUUAGAACAACUGUGAGCUGUGGGAAACACAAAGAGGUGCUCAUCUGCUAUGGCCCUCACGAUAACCACCGCCUGCUCCUCGAGUAUGGAUUUGUUUCUGUCCGCAAUCCUCAUGCUUGUGUUUAUGUCUCAAAAGAUAUACUUGUUAAAUAUCUUCCAUCAACAGAUAAACAGAUGAACCAAAAGAUUUCCAUUUUAGAGGAUCACGACUUUAUAGAAAAUUUGACCUUUGGAUGGGAUGGACCGUCUUGGCGGUUACUCACAGCUCUUAAGUUGUUAUGUCUGGAAGCUGAAGAAUUGACAUGCUGGAAAAAAGUACUUAUUGGGGAAAUAAUUUCAGAUACAAAUGAGAAGGCAAGUUUGGACAUAGCCCAGAAAAUAUGCCAUUAUUUCAUCAAGGAGAGUAAGGCUGUGCUUCAGAAGGUUUCUCAUAUGAAAGAUGAAGAAGUGGCUUUGAUAAACCAACUAACUUUGGUAGAAACACUGUGGACAGAAGAGCUGAAGAUUCUCCAGGCCUCUGCUGAGACCCUAACCAGUUUGCAAACAGCUUUUACGUAA